AUGAUUGCUUCCGUACUCCCACCACAGCCCGCCCUCAACGACGUUUCCACUACCAGAGAGGACUUGGAAGCUGCCAAGACCCUAGCCAAGGUCACCUCUCCCCCAGAGACGCCACUUUUCAUUUGCGCAUGUCAAGGUUGUUUUCGGCUCUUCCCUUCCCGUGAUCGCGUCAGUACUCACCGCAAACGAGAACACCCUGACACUCCUGACGAUGACUCUACUGUUAUUACCUGGAACGAGUGA